AGAGAGAGAAAGAGAAAGAGAGGGAGCGUGGCACCACUUUACCGAGAAGAGUAAAUAAUAAAGAGUUGUAGCUGGGACUGUCCAACUACCUGGACACAGAGAAGCACAGCAAACAUCGGGCACCAUCUACUACAACAAUGAAUGACAUCAAACUAGCCCUGCUGGGCAGUGAGGGAGCAGGCAAAUCUGCGGUUUUGGUGAGAUUUUUGACAAAGCGAUUCAUAGGAGAAUAUGCGUCAAAUACCAACUCCUUAUACCAAAAAAGGCUUUCCAUUGAUGGAAGACAGCUGAACUUGGAAGUCUUUGAUCCGUGCUCACAGAGUGGAGAAAGCAGAUGUAUCCUAGAGGAACCACUGGACUGGGCUGAUGGCUUUGUGGUGGUGUACACCAUCAGUGACCGUACGUCCUUCCUAAAUGCCAAAAACAUCCUGGCACAGAUCAAAGAGAGUCGUCGAGAGACCUGUAAAGGGGAGGUUCCCAUCUGCCUGGUGGGUAACAAGCAGGACUUAUGCCACAGCCGCCAAGUGAGUGAAGAGGAGGGCCGCUCUCUUGCCCAGGAGAACAAAUGCAUCUUCCAGGAGGUUUCAGCGGCUGAGAACUACCUGGAGAUCUCCAACCUCUUCACAAAGCUCAUCCGCCAUGUGAUGGAACAGCUUAAGCAUAGAGGCGACCGCAGGCGGUACAGUGGCUCCAAAUCCAUGGCCAAGCUCAUAAACAAUGUCUUUGGCAAGAGGAGACAGUCUGUUUGAGUGCAGCACAUGAAAAGCCUAGAAAAGAGCAAUGAGUCAGUCUCCAUUGAAUCAGUAAUGGAGAUUUCACCCUGUUAAACCUGAUGUUCUUGGAAAUGUUUUAGGCUUCGAUACAUAGUGCAAAUUCAAACCACUAUGAGAAAUCCCACACAGCCGAGAACAUCGUAUAUAGCACGGGUUCUCAAACUUUUGGAUUGCUGACACAGUAUCCCAUGCAUUGACACAUACUUUGCACUUACCAUAUCUGCAUUUAUUUGCAAAAAUCAUUUUAGUUCAAGAGUUCCCUUUAUGGAAUGUGUUUUUCUUUAGAAAGAAAAAUAUUUGCCUUAUGUUUCUUUAUUAUUUUAUGAUUUUUCUUUUAUUUCUUUCAGGAGAGUCAGAAAACCCAAAGCAAAUUUUGUCUUAAAAUUCAUAUUUUUGUUGGCAUAUAUUCACCUCUUGAUAAUAUUUUCAAUAUCUCUAAGAAUAAUGGGGAAUGUUUGCAAAUUGGUGAAGCGUUUGCUUUUCUCUUGAAAGAGUAGCACAUAUUAUUUCACUUGCUCUCUGAAAAAUGUUUAAUGGCAUGAGACCGGGUUUGCGUCAAGGAAUGCACAAAAAAGUUGAGGUGAAUGUCAUAUAUCAAGAUGCUGUGAUGAGGUGUAAAAUGCAGAUAAAUUACCUUUCUAACAAAAACCCAUCACUGAGGAAAGAAAAUAAAACUCUCCUGCAUUCCUUCUGUAGCAUUCUUAGGGCCUCUUUCGAAUAAAAACAAUGAACUGCAGCUUUUCCCCACAUACAGUUGCAAGAAGAGGUUUGUGGACCCUUGGGAAUGACCCGUGUAAAAACACACUCUGGUUUGUUAAUCACAAAAACAAGGUAAAACAAACUAACAAAGAAUGUUCCCAGAACUUUGGUUAAUGUUCUGUCAAGUUUCUCGCAAAGUUAUGAAAAAGAGUUCUUCCAGUAAUGUUAACAGAAUGUUUGUUCAGAGUUAUCUGGUCUUUACUAAUGUUCUCAAAACAUUAGCACUAAACAUUAUACAUAAUUCAAGGAAUGUUUUAUCUCUGAAUUGUUUUAGUUGGACAAUAGUUGGCUGGGAUCGUGCUGAUCACUUCGUUAAAAGUUAACAGUAUAGAUUGGAAAGAGAACUGUAUGUGAACUGUUAAAUCACUUAAACCCUGUCAUGUUUUCGUAUCUCUAGAGUCAAGAGAACUGGUGGAUGAGUGGAUAUGUUAUUGUGGCACUGUAUUUUUACAGCUACAGUGAAGAUGUCAGCUAAACAACACAAAUCAUACGAGAAGGGCAUUGGUCCUGGAAUAUAAUACAGUGAUGUUGUUGAUAAAUACCAGUGACAUUUAUGUGUGAGCCAGUUUUCGAUCAUUGCCCCAAUGUUUAGUGGCUCAAGGCCCUUGCAAGUGCUUGAAUUUGUGUUUAUGAUAUACUGAUUCACAACGUAGGGGAAUGGGGAGCAACAGAAGCCAUGAAAGACUUCCAAAAAAAUAAACUUCAAAGAGUCUCAGAAAUAUCAAUAAAUUGAGAGUUGUCGAUGGAGAAAACAAAGGUAAAGUUUUUUGUGCAAAUCUGCUUAUAAGAUGAAUGAUGUAAUAAACAGAAUUUACUGCUGCUAAUUAAGUUACAAAAUACAAUUCUGAUUGUACUUUUCAGUUUAUUGUUUAGGUACCAGUAAUGUCAUGUUUAGUUCAGUAGUUUGAGAGAUUAGCUUAAGCAGGUUGUGUUUGUCUAUUUUUGUUUAUUGUAUGUUCCACUUUAUAUUGUAACUGUACAGAACUUUGCUUGCUAUUGUAGUUAAAGUGGAAUGUGUACCUUGAUUUUUUUAAAUGUGUUAAGAUGUUCACUAACAUAAUAACCAAUGUUUUUUUUCUAUUGCUAUUUUUCUUUUAUAAUUAAUAAAAAAAAUGUGUUUGCUUCUUA